GGACAGUAGCAGAAUAAAUGUUGAGCAGAAAGAAAUACUGACGUUAUGACUGACGUAAGGUUACUUAACUGUUGUUUCAUUAUUGUUAUUACUAUUUUUGAUAAUCUUUAAUAAAAAUAUUUGCGGAGAAGUUUGCGUUUUAAAGCAAAUAUGUUGGUAUUAGCGGUUUUACUGAGUUUGUACGCGCUAAGAGGAUGCGAAGCUUACUUUAUUACUGUUGAUGCUCAUGCUGAAGAAUGUUUCUUCGAGAAAGUGGAAAUUGGAACUAAAUUGGGUUUGACAUUUGAAAUAUCCGAAGGAGGCUUUUUGGAUAUUGAUGUGAAAAUAGUUGGGCCGGAUGGGAAAGUGAUAUACCAGGGAGAACGGGAAACUAGUGGCAAGUACACAUUUGCUGCCCAUCUGCCAGGCAAAUACACCUACUGCUUCAGUAACCAGAUGUCCACCAUGACACCUAAAGUGGUCAUGUUCGACAUGGAAGUAGGAGAUUCCCCCAAAACCGAUGUUAAAGCUGAAGGAGAAGAAACUGCAGAUCACACUAAGAUGGAAGAGAUGAUUAAAGAACUAACGACUUCUCUGACUGGAGUAAAACAUGAGCAGGAAUACAUGAGUGUGAGAGACAGAAUACAUCGUAGUAUCAAUGAAAGUACCAAUUCUCGAGUUGUAUUAUGGUCAUUUUUUGAGGCAUUUGUCCUUUUUACCAUGACAAUGGGCCAAGUAUACUAUUUGAAGAGAUUUUUUGAGGUUAGGAGGGUUGUUUGAGAAUAUAAUUCUUGGUUUAACCAUAGCCAUGUUCUCAGUUUGUACAUUUUCUAGUCCAAUAAAAACUUUCCAAAGUAAAUGAAAGAUUCAAAUAUUGUUCUUUAGUGUGGUAUAUUUGAUUGAUUGUGUUAUAGCUACAUGUAAACUGGAAUGGAAAAAUACCUCCAAAUAAUGCAUUCAGCAAAAGUUUGCGAUAUAAGUUAGAUACACAGAUGAAAUUUAUUGUUAAAUCUACAGUAGACAAAUCACUAUGGUAGUAAUUUUGUAACCUAGAUGUGUACUUUAAAUUACUGUACAUUAAUUCUUUUACAUAGAUUUUGUAUGCUAGUUAGUAAUUGGUUGUGUUGAUAGACAGUCAUUAAUAUUUAAACUGUUUCUGUUUAGGUAUCUCCACUAGUAUAUUAAACAUAUUAUAUGAUUAUUAUAAGCUCACAACAAACUGUAGGCGUGUGGUUUAAUGAUGGAGUGACUGAAAAUUUUUGUAAUAAAAUAGACCUCAGGCAGAGAUGCAUUCUCAGUCCAUUAAUGUUCUUGUUAUUUGCUAAUGAUUUGACCGAUAUUAUUGAAGGGGAUUGUAACUUAGGUGGUGUUCGAGUUAACGUAUCCCUUUCCGCCGAUGAUAUCAUAACGGCUGCAGAAUUGCAACAUUUAAUUAAGAGACUUAAAACCUAUUCUAACACUUGGAACCUUUAGGUAAAUUUAAAUAGAUAAAAACUUAUGAUUUUCAGAAAAGAUAGCAAAUCCAGAGUGCAAAAUAAAUGGUAGUUUAAAGAUUGGUAACUUAGAUUGUGGUGGUCAAUGAGUACAGAUAUUUUGGUAUGGUAUUGACUAGCACACUGUCCUGUAAUUUCAAUUUAACUCAGCUAAGGUGGCGAGAACUUCUCUAAAUUUAAUAUGGAAUCACUUAAUAACCAAUAAGUGGGUGCCACUAAGUGCUAUGCUUUUGUGUUUUAACUUUGUAGUACAAUGUAUUUUUGGUUGUAUAGCACAGGUGUGGGGAUACAUCGAAAGUGAAGUGGUAGAGUCUGUACUUAGGUUUUUCAUGAAGAAAAUUUCGUCUCCCAUAUAAUACACUGCAUUAUGUGGUCUAUCUGGAAACAAAAUUAGAUAGGUUGGCCUAUUACACUGUAAAAUUGAAUCUAAAUUAUAUUUGCAAAGUUCUGCUGAUGAAUGAAAACAGAUUACCACAUAUUAUUUUAGCAAAGAAAAUAAGUGAGGAAAAAUUAUUUUGGUAUAAAGAAUGUUCUUUUUAUGUUUGUGACCUUUGGCAGAAAUUGUGACAUUGAUAUAGAUUUUACUAAUAUUAAUGAAUUUGAAUCAUAGCUAAUGAGCAUGGCAGAGCAGGUGACAAACAGGUGAUGGGCAGAUUGUGCUGAUAACUCGCAUUAGACAAUAGACAAUAUACUUUAAUGACAUAUUCUUUGAGAACAGUACAUUGAGUCAAUACUUAAAAGUCAAUACAUAGGUUUAUGAGUCAUUAGAUUCAUAAAAAUAAACAUGAUUAGUUGUCAAAAAAUUCCUUUUCUGUGUAGUAAGGAUUGUCUUGUAGCCAUAGAUUUAGCUUUCUCUUGAGUAUCUUGACUGGUUCUUGUUUGAGAUGGUCUGGUAGGCGGUCAAAAUUAUCAUCAGGAAUACUUAGCUUUCGACCUUGACUCAACGGUUUUGAUAUCACCACUUUAUAUUGGGCAAUCAAACUAUUUUUGUGUAAAUGUCCAAUUUUGACCUAACCAAUUCAACGAGUUCUUCACUUCUUCUGUAAGAGAGGCAGUUGAGAAAUUUUAAGAUGAGACAGCUGCAGAGCUGGAUCUUCUCAACUAAAAAAUGAACCAACUCCAAAUUUCCAAUGGACAACUGUGUCUUGUUAAGAGGUAAUAUCUCAUAUAAAUUGUCUAAAAAGCUUGAACAGUCAAGAUAUCUAUGGCCUAUCCAGUGUCAUACUUAAAGCUGCUGUGAAUGUAUUAUUAGUGCCACUAACCUUUUGUUAUAAUAAGUGUCAAACAGAAGGUAUUAUUCCUAGUAAACUUAAAUUGUGAUUCCUAAAGUGAUUCCUUUAUUUAAGAAAGAUAAUAGAGACCUUUCAUCUAGUUAUAGGCCUAUAUCAUUAGUACCCGUUUUUGGAAACUAGGUCCCAGAAAAAGUUAUGAACUUUCAACUUUGCCAGCACUUUGAGACCAACACUCUUCUGUUCAUGUCAAUUUGGCUUUAGGGUAGGGAGAUCUACAAUUCAAGCAGUUAAUCGUUUAUUAAAUACAGUACUUGUAAAUUUUGAAGAUAGGGUUGAUACUGGUGUCACUCUGUGCAACCUCAGUAAAGCUUUUGAUUGUAGUAUUAAACACAGAACUUGCUGUCUAAAUUAAAUUACUAUGGUCUCUUUGUCCGCUUAUCCUUGGUGAAAUCCUAUCUUGAGGGGAGGCAGCACAUUGUUUCAGUAAACUUUCAGAAUGUAUUAACGUAUGUUGGGGUAUGCCAAUGGCCUGUGAUUGGCCCUUUGCUGUUCCUGAUAACGAUCAAUGACAUAGAUUAUAAUGUUCCUCCUUCUAAUGUGAUUUGUUUUACUGAUGAAAAAAACCUUUGUUAAGUCCAGUGUAGAUUUAAAUAAUCUAAAUAAUGACUGUAAAUAUUCACUACAAGAAGCUGCUAGUUAGUUUAGAGCCAACGGGUUUUUAUUAAAUAGGGAUAAAACUCAGUUUAUAGUAUUCAGCCAGAAAAAGGUUUGUCCAAUUGAUCAAUUUACAACUAAGUUCUUAGACAAAGCUUAUCUGCUUGGUAUUAUAGUAGUAUAUAAGAAACUUACCUGGAACAACCACACAAACUAUAUUUGUAAUAAGUUGUUGUGAGUAGUCUUACCUGAUGAAAGCCUUAAAUGCAAAUGUACCAAAAUCAUAUCUUAAUGUAGUCUAUCUCAGCUGCAUUCAGAGCAUACUGUAGUAUGGCAUUACUCUGUGGUAGAUCAAGUGGAGUCAAUAACAUAUUAGUGAUUCAGAAGAAAGUUGUCAGAAUAUUGGCUGGAGCAGGGUUUAGGGACCAUUCUAGACCUUUAUUGUAUAGGAAAAUAUUUUAACUGUAUAUAGUCUGUAUAUUUUUAAUGUCUUGUUAGAUAUUAAGAAAGAAGUCAAUUCUUUAACUUUGAGACCAGAUGUACAUUUAUGUAUAAUACAAGAAAUCACAGCAUUCUCAACGUACCUUAUUGUAGGCUGAGUAAGGUAGCCAGUAGCUAAAUUCAGGGCAUCAAACUAUUUAAUAAGCUUCCCUGGAGUUUAAAAAUAUUGAACCAAUGUCAAAAUUUAGACGUUUUGAUGUUUAGCUUUAUUAACAUCAAACAUCCUUUUUACUCUGCUAAAGAGUAAUUGGAUUACGAUUUUAAUGCUAUUUAAAGGCUCUUUAUUGCAGAAGGGCAUAAAUGCUAUAGAAUAGUUCUUUUUCUCCUAAGUUAUAAAUAUACACUGUAUAUAUGGGUAUUUCCAUGACCAUGUCUAUUACAAUGUCAUGUAAAUGUGUCUAAUGACAUUAACCAAUUCUAUUCAGUACACCAAUGUAUGAGUUACUGCAGAAAUUUAAGUAUUGUAUUCAUUUAAUAAUAUAUAUUACUUCUAAGUGAUAAUAUAGUAAAUACUUGUUGACUUUUGUAUUUUUAGCCAUAGUAAUACAGUUAUGUUUGUUAUAUA